UAUUAGCAAUUUCAAUCUUUCGCGGAGGACCAACUCAAGCAUAAAUUAAAAUUCCACAUUAUCAAUCCUGGGAUAUAAGUAGCAUGGUUGCUCAACACAAGCAAUAACCAUAUAUAAGCGAGUUAUAUUGCAAAGGUUCUGCAUCUGUGCUACACCAAUCAGAAAUUCAGUUAUGUCUUAUUCUACAGCUAAAACACCCCAAAGACUUGAGGUUUUGUUUCCUCUGCUUAUCAUCUACCUGUUAUUCUAUCUCCCUAAUACAGUUGAAGCUGAAGAUGAAAAAUAUGUCACCAACAUUGGAGCAAUUAUUGAUUUUAAUUCUCGUUUCGGGAAAGAACAGAAAGCUGCUAUGGAAAUCGCAGCUGAAAACUUCAACAACCUGUCAGAAACUCAUGAGCUGAUAAUUCAUUUUCAAGAUUCUGUUCGCGACCCCUUUCGUGCUGCCUAUGCUGCUGAACAUUUGGUAAAGGAAGAGAAGGUGCAAGUAAUAGUUGGUAUGGAGACUUGGCCGGCAGCAGUUACAGUAGCUGAUGUAGUAAAAAACCUAUCUGGUAAUCAAGUUCCAGUCAUUUCCUUUGCGGCACCAACCAUAAAACCACCGCUAAUACAACGCCGUUGGCCUUUCCUGAUAAGAAUGGGAAGCGAUGGUGCUGCUCAGAUGGCAUGCAUCGGAGAUAUAGUUUCAGCAUACUACUGGAAAAGGGUUGUUGUAAUAUAUGAAGAUGAUGGUUAUGGUGGUGGUGUGGGGAGGCUAGCUCUUUUAUCCGAGAUUCUAAGAAAUAUUGGUGCAAAGAUUGAGCAUCGUAUAGUUCUCCCACGACUUUCUGAGUCUGAUCCAUAUUGGAAUGAAGUAGAGAAGCUCUUCGAGCUCAGCAAUGUAACUUCUCGGGCAUUCAUAGUUCUUCAAUCAUCUCUACCAACAUUAAAUGGUCUUUUCAAAGUUGCUAAGAAGAUGGGACUCGUAGGAGAAGAUUCAGCUUGGAUAAUAUCGGAGAGUAUUACUAGUUUGCUUGACUCUCAAGGCAACCAUGAUAUGGAUGGUACUCUGGGGAUCAAGACUUAUAGCAAUACUACCGCCACUUUCCAGAAAGAUCUCCGAACAAAGUAUUCAGAAGACGAUUACUCUGAGCCAGGAAUCUAUGCUCUUCGAGCAUACGACAUCAUUUCAAUUAUUACACAGGCAGUAAGUGCAAUGCCUAUUAAGAGUACUAGUACUAGCUUUCAGGAGUUAUUAGCUGCAAAGUUGAGAAAUUUCGAGGGUUUAAGUGGGAAAAUGCAGCUCAAAGAAGGUGAGGUGCUGCUGGAUUCUCCAAGAUUCAGGAUCAUAAAUAUUGUGGAUGGGAAGACAGAUAAAGAACUAAACUUCUGGACUCCGGGGUUUGGAUUUUCGAAUACCCUUGAUGAAGUAUUUGCCACAAACAGGAGUAGUGAUGAUGUUGGCAAAGUAACUUGGCCCGGGAAUCUAACAUCACUGCGCCCCUCCAAAGGCUGGGCAAUGCCUACUGCUCAGAAGCCAAUGAAAAUUUUGCUACCUGUUCACCACUCAAACUUUGUGAGGCCUAUCGCCCAGAAGAACUCAGGUCAGAUGAAAAAAGAGGGCAAAUGCUCAGUGGCCUCAGUGUAUGAAGGUUUAAGUAUUGAACUUUUCUGUAUCGUGCUAGACAAGUUGAAUUAUUCCUUGCCACAUGAAUUCAAGGAGACCAAUGACACUUAUAGUGAUAUGGUAGAACUUGUCUCUAACAAGACUUAUGAUGCUGUGAUUGGCGAUAUGACUGUAAUUGCGACACGAAUUGGCAAAGUGGAUUUCACUCAACCAUAUCUGGAGUCUGGUUUGUCCUUGAUAGUACCAGAGAAAUCUAAUGAGUCUACAUGGCUGUUUAUAAAACCUUUCACAUGGCAAAUGUGGGUGGCUACUUGUGGGAUCUUAGUCUACACUAUCUUAAUUAUAUGGUUCCUGGAGGGUCUUUCCACUUCCAAUCCAGAAUUCGAAGGUCCAUUGUUGAAUCAGAUAGCCACAGCAACUUGGUUUGCCUUCUCAUCUCUGUUCUUUGCUCACAGAGAGAAAGUCUCUAGCAACUUGACUCGAAUAGUUUUCCUAGUGUGGUUAUCUGUUGUAUUGAUCCUGAAUUCUAGUUACACUGCUAAUCUGUCUUCAAUGCUUACCAUCCAACGACUGAGCCCGGGCAUCACGGAUAUUGAAAUGUUAAGGAGUUCCAACUCAUUUGUUGGUUGCGAUCGCGAUUCAUUUGUGAGGAAUUACCUGGAGACAGUUCUUAAUUUCAAUUCUAGUAACAUCAAGGAAGUAGAGAGCAACUUAAGCCCUAAGGACUUCAGCAAAGACAAUGUUACAUUAUCUGCUGUAUUUCUCGAACUCCCAUAUGCAGAUAUUUUCAUGAACGAGCACUGUGAUGGAUAUACCAACACCAAAGCCACCUACAAUUUUGGAGGCUUUAGCUUUGCAUUUCAGAAAGGUUCACCAAUAGCGAGGGAUUUCUCUAAGGUCUUUCUACAGCUAUUGCAGAAUGGAACUGUGAUGAACCUUCAUUAUAAAUGGUUGAACUCGAAUCCCAAUAAGUGUCAGAUCAAUGCAACUUCAACUUCCAAUACUCUACCAGAAAGCUUGAAACUCGAGAGCUUUUGGGGCAUCUUCGUGAUAUCCGGUGCUACUUCUGCUCUCGGCUUUCUAUAUUUUGCCAUCUUGAAAAAGUUUCAACACCAAGCAACAGCAUCCGGAACCCUUUGAAACAAACAUACAGCUAGAACGCCUUACAAGUGCUCCAAGUAUCUUCAGUGGGAACGUCCCAGAUUUAGCUUCCUGACUAUGCUGACAUACAUCCAUAUUCUCCUUCACUGUCAGGCUAUGUGACUAUGAUAGAUUCUUGUAUAUAUAUGUAUCAACACUACAUACUUUGAUGCCAAUAUGUAUUCCUUGGAUUCUUGUUUAAUGUUUGAUAAAAACUUUGAAGCAUAA